AACUCAGCCCCGUGCAGCGGUCAGACUCGCCACGGAGCAGCAGGUGUGUGCAGAGAACAUUCAGGAUGGCCGGAAGGAGACGAGGCCGAGGCAACAAUGUCCAGCAACAGGCACAGCAGAAGAGAGGAGGACGCCCUUGCAGGGCUCUGAGGGAUCCGGCUCCUUUUGCACAGUCUACAGGUUGCAGCCUAGAGAUUCCCACUGAAAAGCUGACCAUUGCUCAAGCACGGAGGGGCACACCAGGACACCGUCCAGUGCGAGUCUACGCUGAUGGCAUCUUUGACCUCUUCCAUUCAGGACAUGCUCGGGCACUGAUGCAGGCUAAAAAUGUGUUUCCCAACACAUACCUCAUAGUAGGAGUGUGCAGUGAUGAACUGACCCACAAGAAUAAAGGUUUUACGGUGAUGACAGAGGACGAACGCUAUGAAGCCGUGAGACAUUGCCGAUAUGUUGAUGAAGUGGUGAGAGAUGCUCCCUGGACCAUUACCACAGAGUUCCUCAAGAAACAUAAGAUUGAUUUUGUGGCUCAUGAUGACAUCCCUUACACCUCUGCUACAUCACAAGAUGUUUACAAGCACAUCAAGGAAGCAGGUAUGUUUGUGGCAACUCAAAGGACAGAAGGCAUUUCCACAUCAGAUAUGAUCACUCGUAUCGUACGAGACUAUGACAUCUAUGUCCGUCGCAACCUACAAAGAGGCUACACAGCCCAAGAACUAAAUGUUGGAUUUAUUAAAGAGAAAAAGUACCGUCUCCAGAACCAGGUGGACAAGAUGAAAGAGACAGUCCGUACAGUGGAAGAAAAGUCAAAGCACUUUGUCUUCAGAGUGGAAGAGAAGAGCCAAGACCUCAUCCACAAGUGGGAGGAGAAGUCACGAGAAUUAAUUGGCAAUUUUCUAGAGCUUUUUGGUCCAGAUGGUGCAUGGCAUGCGCUUCAGGAGCAGAGCGGACGAAUGCUCCUGGCCCUGUCACCCUACUCGUCACCUCGUGGCUCCCCCAGCAGCAGUCCUACCAGAAGGCACUCCAUUUCUCCUGACUCCUCUCCAUCCUCUGCCUCCCCUCCAUCCUCCCCUCCAUCUUCUCCUACCUCUCCGAAAAAGACCACACGCUCCGCUGCCAAGGCUGCUUCCACAUACAGUCGACAUGCACAGUGAUGCCUUGGACAUCUUCAUUCCUAUUCAUAUGAUGGUCAUUAUAAAUUAAAAUCGAAAUUAGGUCAAGGAUAGUAUUAAUUAUAAUUUUUUUUAAAGAGCAAAUGAAGCCAUUUUAAUUCACUACACAUUUAUUUGAGAUCAACUGCACACAUUAUUUUUUCUUCAUUUACAUUAAUAAGUAAAAUAAUAUUAAUUGAAAUUUGCUUAUAUGUCUUCUGCCCUUUACU